CUGUGCGUGUAGGAAGCGGGAGUGAGCCGUGAGAGCCCUCGAUUAAAAGAAAGAAAAGCAGAAGAGAAGAGUAUAGUACUCCUUCAGAGGGGAAAAGAGGAGGACAGCCGCGCUGCGUAACGCAAAAGUUGGAUCCGAUCGUUUCGACAUGGGGAUCCGAAAGAAGCCCAACAAGAACCCGCCGGUGAUGAGCCACGAGUUCAUCAUCCAGAACCAUGCAGAUAUCGUCUCCUGCGUUGCUAUGGUGUUCCUCCUCGGGCUGAUGUUUGAGAUCACCUCAAAGUUUGCCGUGUCGUUCAUAACUGUGCAGUACAACGUCACCAUAUCAACAAACGAAGGCUCUGAGGAGUCCAACCUGAACAUGUUCCACCACGGCAUCAAGGACCUCGCCACCAUCUUCUUCUACAUGCUGGUUGCCAUCAUCAUGCACGCCAUUAUCCAGGAGUACGUGCUUGACAAAAUCAACAGGAAGAAGCACUUCUCCAAAACCAAACACAGCAAGUUCAAUGAGUCGGGACAGCUCAGCGCCUUCUACUUGUUCUCCUUCGGUUGGGGUGCCAGCAUCCUGCUGUCUGAAAACUUCCUGUCCAAUCCAGUCUCUCUGUGGGAGGAGUAUCCCCACACUCUGAUGCACUUCCAGAUGAAGUUCUACUACAUCUGCCAGAUGGGUUACUGGUUACACGCUCUCCCCGAACUGUACUUCCAAAAGACAAAGAAGGAGGAUAUUCCACGUCAGCUUGUGUACAUCUCCCUCUACCUGGUCCACAUCGCUGGCGCCUACAUUCUGAAUCUGAACCGUCUGGGUCUGGUCCUGCUGGUGUUGCACUACUUUGUGGAGUUUCUGUUCCACGUCUCCCGCCUCGUCUACUUCAGCAACGAGAACAGACAGAUAGGGUUCACCGUAUGGGCCGUGUUGUUCGUCCUCGGAAGGCUGCUCACUCUGUCCCUCUCGGUCCUCACGGUGGGCUUUGGCCUCUCCACAGCUGAGAAACAAGGGUUCGAUUUGGCGACGGGAAACUUUAAUGUUCUCUUUGUCCGGGUCACCGUCCUCGCCGCCAUCUGCCUCACACAGGCCUUCAUGAUGUGGAAAUUUAUCAACUUUCAGCUGCGCCGAUGGAGAGAGCAUGCCCAGGCUCAGACCUUGAAGAAAAAACAAGUUGCUCCCAAGAGCAAGUCGAAGAAAGACAAAGCCAAUGGAGUCAACGGAGUGAACUCUCAUGCAGCAGAUUCACCAAGAGCAAGAAAAGAGAAGUCCUCAUAAAAACAUUCCUCUCAGUCUUUCCCGGCCCGUCUCAGAGAUCCGUCUCUCCCUGCGCCUUCCAGCUCCGAUGACCACGACACACACACACACACACACACACGCACGCACACACAGAGCUCCCCCCCACGAUUGACCUCCACAGCUGGACUUCUAGGGUCAUAAUUAAUUUCGCUUUUCUUGUCCCCAGUCGUCCACAACACUUUCCUCUCCGAGUCUUCGCCCUUCUGUGCCAUCACGAAUGAAAAGAAACGCAAAUCUGAAAUAAAAUAUUAAAAAAAAAGGACUUUAUUUAAGAAGUGCCUAUUGAUACAGAUUGUUUUGUACAGAGUGUAAUUUUGAAAUUUCAGGAAUGAUCAUGUCAGUGUUUUUCCCAACGCAGAUCAUUUCAUGCUUUCAGCCUGUUUUUAUUUUUCCUGUUUUGUAUUUAUAAUCGUUUGCGCCGCCUCAUUUCCUUGCUUCUGACUCCUGUCCAUCUCCGAGGGGAUUUUGGAAGACAUUAUACUGAGAUUGUGACUUUCCUCGUGCAGUUUGUGGUUUUUCCAUGAGUGGAGCUCAUAUUCUUCAUCCUUCAGACAUGAUUUUGGCUCAAACUUCUCUUCCUCCAUUGCAGUAUUCCUCUACAUACGUAGAAAUGGACAGUUAGAUAUAAUACAGGAGUAAUCUUUAACAUCUCCUUGUGGUUCUGGUGAGAAACUGUAUCAAAGCAAGAAAGGAAACUGUACGUAACAACUAUUACAAGCCCCAUAGUGACAUCUCCAGAAAGGCUGCAAACUCCCAAACCUCAGAACAUGCAUCUACAUAGAUUCACAGUUAAUUAUUGUGUAAAACUGCCUGCGAAGACGUAGUGACCCGAUGUAGCAUUUACUUACCAGCAUUCAGGACAGCUUUGUUAUCACAACAAGACAUGUUCUUGCCAUGAAUUUAUACCGAAUCUAUUGCAAAUGUUAAUGCAUUAAUGUGCCAUGUGAUGUAUAGAGAGAACUUAAUCACACCAACUAUAUUUUUAGAAAGUUUUGGCUAAAUCACUGUUGUCAGUGUUACGGCGUUCAUUUGUUAUUCAAGUGGGGACUCGCUGCAUCUGUUUGGCCUUGUGAUUAUUCUUUAAAAAAAAAAAAAGCAUAAUUUGUUACAAAAGUAUGGACUGCAGAUGUCACAUUUUGUUUUAUCGUCCCCC